GGCAGGGACGAUUCUCACCCGCCCGAUGUGCUUACUGUCCCUAUUGUGACAGACAACAUGAAGGCUUCGAACGUUAUCAACCUCAUCAAUUCGACAUCUUCCGUGGCCAGCACGUAUCUCAAGCGUGAUUUUGUGUUUCGAAUCGUUACUGAGGAAGGUGGCCAAUAUUUGUUUCAAGCCAUGAAUGAUAGUAAUAUGCACGACUGGAUUCGAACCAUCAAUUGGGCGGCAAAGGAAGGCGCAGCUAGACGACUUACUGUACUAGUAGCACAGGCUGAAAAUAAGAGAAAGAGUGGUACAUCGGAUGACCUCAAGUUCUUUGAUGACCGACAACGCAAGAAAGGUAAAGAAGUACGAGGCUCCAUUUACGGUGUGGACCUAUCCGAACUUAUGAGUUCAGGCAAGAUUCCAUUAGUGGUCGAAAAAUGCAUUGAUGAGAUUGAGCGUCGUGGUCUUGAAGAAGUUGGCAUCUACAGAGUUGCUGGUUCUGGCGAAACAGUUUCAUACCUUCGUCAACAACUCAAUAGGAAUGCCGUCAAUGUCAAUCUAGGUGACGACGAUUGGAUUGAUAUCAAUGUGGUUGCAGAUGCUUUCAAGCAAUUUUUCAGAGACCUGCCACAGCCUCUCCUUACAUUUGAUCUAUAUGGUGAUUUUAUGAAAGCAUCCGCUCUCGAGGACCAUGAUCAACGUAUACUAGCUAUUAAGAAGGUUACGAAGCGAUUACCCACCAAUAACUAUAUCUUACUGAAACGUCUAAUAGAGCACUUUGUAGUUGUCACAGACUAUGAAGCUUCCAAUCACAUGUAUGCCACAAAUCUUGCUAUUGUGUUUGGUCCAACGUUACUUCGACCUGAGCCUGGACCGGUAUCGUUUGCUACAACAAUGGCUAACCUUGGCCAUCAACAGAACGUUGUCAAAAAUUUGAUUACCCAUUAUCAUUUCAUUUUUGAUGUGGAGAGCGAGGAUUGUGAUCGGGAACGAGAGCCAGGAGAAGACAGCAUUGGAGACCAAGAGGAAGACCACGAAACU